GUCCAACCCCCGGCCCGCUCGCAGGCUGGAGUCCGGGUCAGCCUUGGCGCUUUCGUUCAGUCAGUGACCAAGUCCUAGCUUAGUGAGCUCUCUGCUAGCCCCUGGGUUCCCUUCCAGCCUCCUUCCCGCCACGAGAGCGAACCCCGCUGCCGGCAGGCCGAAGGGGAGCAAAGAAAGGAGGAUUAAAAAGAAGAAAGACCUGACUGGGUCUGGGUGGUGUCUGCAGUGCCAGAAAGGGAGGUGGCGGCGGCUGCGGCAGCAGCGACCACGGCCGCGCGGGACGUGAGGCCCAACAGCAGCCGACGGCGGCGGCGGAGGCGGCCGCUCCAGCGCCUCGCGCCGAGGCCGUUAGUCAGCAGAACGCGAACCCGUGUGGAGGAGCAGGGCCGUCGCGAGGCGAGACUCGGGAGCGCGAGCCGGCCCCCUCGGGCGCCGCCGUUCUUGCUCGUCCCGGCGCCGGGGGCUGCCGCCCUCGUCCCCCCUCUUUGGCCGGGCCCGCCCGCAGGCCGGGAGAGUCGGGCGGCGGCAGCAGCGCGGAUCGCGCCUCGUAGAGGACAGCGCGGCGGCAGAGGUUCUCUCCUGGCCCUUUCUGCCUGACGCCUUGCCUGCGGCCCUCAGGUGCAGAAGAUGAAUAAUCUUUCAUUUAGUGAGCUAUGUUGCCUCUUCUGCUGUCCUCCUUGUCCAGGGAAAAUUGCUUCAAAAUUAGCAUUUUUGCCACCUGAUCCAACUUACACGCUGAUGUGUGAUGAAAGUGGAAGCCGCUGGACGUUACACCUAUCAGAACGAGCAGACUGGCAAUAUUCUUCUAGAGAAAAAGAUGCUAUUGAGUGUUUCAUGACUAGAACCAGUAAAGGCAACAGAAUUGCCUGCAUGUUUGUGCGUUGCUCACCCAAUGCCAAAUACACUUUACUCUUUUCACACGGAAAUGCUGUUGAUCUUGGUCAGAUGAGCAGUUUUUACAUAGGACUGGGAUCACGGAUUAAUUGUAAUAUAUUUUCAUAUGAUUAUUCUGGAUAUGGUGCAAGUUCUGGGAAACCGACAGAGAAGAACCUCUAUGCAGACAUAGAAGCUGCUUGGCUUGCUCUUAGGACAAGAUAUGGCAUUCGCCCUGAAAAUGUGAUUAUAUAUGGCCAAAGUAUAGGGACAGUACCAUCUGUGGAUCUUGCUGCUCGGUAUGAGAGUGCUGCUGUUAUUCUUCAUUCUCCUUUGACCUCAGGAAUGCGAGUCGCUUUUCCUGAUACCAAGAAGACCUACUGUUUUGAUGCAUUCCCAAACAUUGACAAAAUCUCUAAGAUUACCUCUCCAGUAUUAAUAAUUCAUGGGACUGAAGAUGAAGUCAUUGACUUCUCACACGGCCUCGCAUUGUUUGAGCGUUGCCAAAGACCUGUGGAGCCUCUGUGGGUUGAAGGGGCAGGUCACAAUGAUGUGGAACUUUAUGGACAGUAUCUUGAAAGAUUGAAACAGUUUGUGUCACAGGAACUGGUAAAUUUGUAAAAUAUUCUGAAAAUUUGCAUACUGGGUUUUCUUUCUUGCUGAACUGCACUCUUUGGUAAAUAACAUAAAACCUGAAGGUUUUGUUUGCAAAUCAUGUCAGUUGCCUUCAUAAAUGUACAGGUAAUGAUUUGUUAACAGACUUAAUGAAGGUUUUAAUUACCAAACUAGAAACUGGAAAUAACAAUAUCAUGCAGUCAGGCUAUGUAAUUUAUAUUUUUUCUGUGAAUUUUUUUUUUAAACAUCAAGAUGAGUACUGUAUGAAAUUUUAAUUCUGUAAGAUCAAACGCUAUGAAAGUAUUGCCAAAUGCUUUUGCAUAUCAGAAACAAAUUUAUAAAUAUUUUUAAAACAUCUCAAUGUACUAAAUCUUAUCCUGGUAUACAAAUGUAAUAUUCUUUCAAUAAAAAGCUGUAUAUCUUGAACAAUUAAAGUACUCAGAAUAAACCAUAUGAAAACAUGCAAGUUCACUAAAGAUGACCUAAACCCUGUUGUACAGGGAUAGAGAUUUAAAGGUUAUUUUAUUGUAAAAUACAUUGAAUUUUCUGUAUUCCCUGGUUAUCAUACAUUUUCUCCUUUAAAAAAAAAGAUGUAAGUCUUAAUCUUUAUGCCAUUUGUUAAUUUACCCACUAGUUAACCUUGUAAAUGAUAAAGUCACAAUAGCACUGAAUUUUAACGAGUUUUGAUUUAUAAGUUUGGUACUGUGAGGCAACUACUUAAAAUUUUCAUUUUAGUAAUUUAAAAGGCAUUUAGAGCUUCAAGAAUAAUUUUGUACGCAAUGUUGUUUUAAAUUUUGACUGAUCUCGUAGAAAUGCAAUACUGUCACUGUUAGAAAACCUGAAAGUCCAUUAGAUGUUCUUUAAGACCACAAACAGACUGGCUAUUUGAUCCCUUUUCACUUUGGCUAUUUUUAAGAAUAGGACCUGUUGUUUUGGAUUACUAUCUGAGAAUUUCAUGGAUUUACUCCUGGAUGCAGGAGAUAAGAAAACAUCAUAACUUUUAUAUUAACGAAUGUAGUGAAAAAAAUAAAGCUCACACAAAAACUAAGUUGCCUUUCCUUGAAUGAAUCCUGCUUGAAUAAAACAAUGAAAGAAAAAUAAAAAUAAAAUUAAUGGUAUGUAGUCUAAUUUGUAAAUGAAUGAAUAUUGAAAUAAUACACACUGUGGAUAUAUUUUAAGGCCUUAUGUAGUUUUAAUUGUUCUGCUUGUUCUGUGGUUAUGUCUAAGACUAUAGUGUAUGACUCUCUUCAAAGUAUAUCAAGUAUUGUGAAUGCUUUGGUUCAGAUGUGUCAAAUUAACAGUAAAACAAAAAUAUGCCA